UCACUUUUGUCUUCCAUUUUUCUCGCGUAUAUUUUAGGAAUUUGAGAAAAGAAAAUGUUGUCUUUAUAGGUUUAGGAUUACUUGGAAUCUAUAUAUAUAUUUGAAGAUUUUACAACAUUGUACGCUUCUGACUUUUCUUUCAUAGUGGAAUACUCUAUUUGUUGUUGCAACCUCGUUAAAUCCUUGGGUUAUUUUUCUUCUCUACUUUCUUUGUUUGUGAUUGUGCGCUUUCUCAAUAUAUAUAUAUAUAUAUACACAUAGUGUGGUUGAUAUAAUUAAGGAUGGAAGGAUACAAACGACUUUUUGAGCAUAUAGAUGAGAAUGGAGAUGGGAAAAUAUCAGCAUUGGAGUUGCAACAAUGUGUGCAUUUGAUAGGCAAAGACAUAUUGUUGUUUGAGGAGGCAGAGGCAGCAAUUGUGGCCCAUGACUCGGACAACGAUGGCUUAUUAGAUUUUGACGAUUUUAUGAGAUUAGUGGAAGAUGGAGGGACGGAAGAAGAGAAGGAGCGCGAGUUAAAGGAGGCGUUUAGGAUGUAUGAGAUGGAAGGGUGUGGAUGCAUAACGCCGGAGAGUUUAAAGAGAAUGCUUCAUAAGUUAGGGGAGAAGAGGACUGUUGAUGAGUGCAGAGGAAUGAUAGCCAGAUAUGAUAUCAAUGGUGAUGGUUUGCUCAAUUUUGAGGAGUUUGUCAUUAUGAUGCGUUGCUAGUUACAUAUAUAUAUCAAUCGUAUUUUUUUUUGAGAGUACAAGCAACAUAGUCAUUAGUUUGUUUAAUUUUGUAUUGGUAAAUAUAUAGUACAUUCUUUA